CACAUCAGGUGUGCGGGGGUCAUGUGAGCUGCAGUCAUAUGACUUUUUGAGAUCAUUUUUCCUUCUGAGAUUUUAAAAUCGGCAGCUCCGGUCCUAUUACCUACUGUCUAUGCUCCGGUCCCUCCGCGGAGUGACAGACAGGUCAACAAGAGACAGACAGGCAGCGCCCCCUGCUGUCUGAAGGAACCAGAGAGGAUUUAAUGAGAGUGAAACCAGCUGGAGAGAUGCAGCGGCUGGUGUUGUGUGUCUUCCUGUCCUCCCUGCUGGGCGGGGACGGAGGCACCGGCGUUGCAGCGUCUCCGGCUGCAGACGAGGUGACCUACCUGCCCGGUCUGCAGAAACAGCCCAGUUUCCAACAUUACUCGGGGUACCUGAACGUAGCCGACGGAAAACACCUGCACUACUGGUUCGUGGAGUCCCAGCAGAAGCCGGCCUCUGACCCGGUGGUGCUGUGGCUGAACGGGGGCCCCGGCUGCAGCUCUCUGGACGGACUGCUGACGGAGCACGGACCCUUCCUGAUCCAGGACGACGGAUUGUCGCUGCAGUACAACCCGUACUCCUGGAACAAGAUUGCCAACGUGCUGUACCUGGAGUCUCCCGCCGGCGUCGGCUUCUCUUACUCUGACGAUAAGAACUACGUCACCAAUGACACCGAGGUGUCGAUGAACAACUAUCUGGCUCUGAAGGAGUUCUUCCGUCUGUUCCCCGAGUUUAGCAAGAACCAGCUGUUCCUGACCGGAGAGAGUUACGCAGGAAUCUACAUCCCGACGCUCGCCGAGAGGGUGAUGGAGGACGCCAGCCUCAACCUGCAGGGUGUGGCGGUGGGGAACGGCAUGUCGAGCUACGAGAUGAACGAUAACUCUCUGGUGUUCUUCGCCUACUACCACGGCCUGCUGGGCAGCCGCCUCUGGAGCCAGCUGCAGACCUUCUGCUGCUCAGACGGGAAGUGCAACUUCUACGACAACCAGAAUCAGAACUGCUCCAUCAGCCUGUCUGAGGUUCAGCACAUCGUCUACAGUUCAGGACUCAACAUGUAUAACCUGUACGCUCCGUGUCCCGGUGGAGUCGGCAGAUCCAGUGAGGAAGGAGGCGAGCUGGUGAUCAGAGACCUGGGGAACUGGUUCAUCAACCAUAAGUCCACUCGGCUCUGGAACCAGAAGUUGCGAGCUGUGUCUCUGCACCAGUCGGUGCGUCUGGACCCGCCCUGCACCAACUCCACCCCCUCCAACCUCUACCUGAACAACCCCUACGUCAGAGCAGCACUGCACAUCAGCCGCGAUGCCCUGGACUGGGCCAUCUGCAGCUCUGAGGUGAAUCUGAACUAUGGUCGUCUGUACCUGGACGUCAGGAAACAGUACCAGAAACUGCUUUCUGCUUUGAAAUACCGGGUCCUGGUCUAUAACGGGGACGUGGACAUGGCCUGCAACUUCAUGGGGGACGAGUGGUUUGUUGAGUCUCUGCAGCAGCAGGUGGCGGUACAGCGGCGUGCGUGGCUCUACGGCGAUGAAGACGGCCAGCAGGUCGGAGGAUUCGUCAAAGAGUUUGACAACAUCGCCUUCCUCACCGUCAAGGGUUCUGGUCACAUGGUCCCGUCAGAUAAACCAAUCGCAGCCUUUGCCAUGUUCUCCAGAUUCCUCCAGAGGAAACCCUACUGACCCUCUCAGGCCGCCGUACUCACUGCCAGCCAAUCAGCACCGCCCUGCUCCGUGUUGCCUGGCCACCACAUUACUGUUGCAGGAAAUGAAUUGUCUCAACCUCAGCCAAUCAUGUCCCUCCUCCUCCCGGUAGACUCCACUGGUAACGCGUUGCCGUGGAAACGAGCACUGCCGCCAGUCUGCCAUGUUUUGAAUGUGAAAUUUCUUCUUUUAUUGAUUUUAAAGGGAAAAUAAAGUUUUAUCUUUAACUUGA